UGCACACUGACUGUCGAAGGGGUGAUGGCAGGCGGCGUUGCGCGGGGCGGUGUGGUGUUAGUUUAGCGGCCAAGUGAAUGUGGUAUCGGAGCGUCCCUCCAUCUCCCGAGAUGGUCCCCCGGUAUCUGAAUGCUCUCCUCCCUGCGGCGGCAAUAACACCACCGUCUCCCCUCAUUGCUCUCGCAAGGGUUCUGUCUUGAAAGAACGUUUGAACCACUUCUGUUACCGACGACCCUGAAGACGAGAUGAACCGCGAACUGUCCUCAACAUACUGAUAAACGGUGCCCUCUGCAACACGGAAGUGGCUAUGUGUUUUACCUGGACAUUUUGAAAUCACUGUGGAGUCAUCUAUUAUCCGUUCUGAUUUUUUAAAGGAUUUCACUGGACAAGUGAAGUGGGUGUUUAUGGAUCAAUCUGUGACCACAGUGGGUAAAAUACAAGUCACAUCUGGAAAUACAGUGUGUCGUCUGCUUUACUGGAAGUGAUCUGUUGUUAGGUAUCGUCUGCUGUGAAGGCAACAGGUGUCAUGACACCCAUCGGCAGCGUGGCCCAUAUACUCCGAUGGGCUUUGCUACAUGUUUCUGUCUGGGCCAAAUCAGUCACAUACUGACCAGAACAACUGUGCCCUCUGCUGCUGUAGGCGUAUGUACACGCCCUCAAACUUGGAACUGGAUGAUAGGAAUAGUGCUUGCUAUUGAGUAACAACGACUCCAGUGACAGUACAGAAGCGUAUAUAGUUAGUUAUGGCCAAGUUCUAUAUAAUCGCGCUGACCUUUGCGGCGCACCUGUAUUCCAUUGUAACCUGUGUUAGUACGAAUGGAGAGACACAGUUUGGGGUGAUGUUGGAUGCAGGCAGCAGCGGCACAAAAAUAAAGGUAUAUGAAUGGCAAAACACAAGAACUGUAACAGAUAUUCCCUCCAUGGAUUUACGAUAUGGACACAAGUUUACCCCCGGAAUAGGCCGUUAUGCCACACACAGAGAGGGGUUAACUAAAUAUCUGUCUAAUAUUGUGGCUAAAGCUAAAGACGUUGUUCCAGAGGAAAAGUGGAAGUCAACGCCAAUGUACCUAAUGGCAACUGCUGGUGCCCGGAUUUUAGACGGCGACAUUGCCCUUGGUUUAUUAAACCGGAUUCGGAAUAUUUUAUCUAAUACAACAUUAAACCCAUUCCGGUUUCGAGGUAGAAAUGUCCGUAUAUUGUCCGGCGAAGAGGAAGGUGUGUUUGCUUGGAUAUCGCUCAACGCUGUCAGUGGAUUCUUCAGUUCAGUCAAGCCAAUGAACGAGUCUUUGGGUUUGCUGGAGAUGGGCGGGGGCUCGACCCAGAUCGCCUUCAUCCCAUCCACCCCUCUGUAUGCGGGGGAGUUCCAGAUCUUCCUCGGGGGACGCCGGUUCGACCUGUACGCCCACAGCUACCUAUUCUUCGGAGCCAAUUAUAUAAAGGAACGGGUGAAGAACAUUCUAAUGGCGAGCAGCCCACAGUCUCAAACGAUUGACCAUCCAUGCAGGCUUAUAGGAGAUGAUCUAAGCGGGACCACAGAUUCCGGGCAGCCAUUAAAGUUUCAAGGAACAAGCGAUCCGAGUAAAUGUAUACAAAUAUUACGUCAGCUGUUGUCGAAGGCCCCGGAUGACCGGUGCUACCCGAAGCCCUGUGCUAUAGGCUCUGUGUACCAGCCAAGUAUUGGCAACAUGCCCUUCUACGCCACCCAGGGGUUUGUCUACACGCCCAACACCAUGGGGUCUUUAGAUGCGGACAAACAUCUGAACAUUACUCAUCUAAAGGAUGAGUCUAUUAUCUACUGCCAAAAGAGUUUCGAGGACGUCAAGGCCCAGUACUCUGUGAAGGCCAAGUUCGCCUCUGACGAGUGUCUGAUGGGGUUGUACAUCCCGCUCCUGCUCCAGCGUUGUGGGCUUAGUUUCGAGGACGUCAAGGCCCAGUACUCUGUGAAGGCCAAGUUCGCUUCUGACGAGUGUCUGAUGGGGUUGUACAUCCCGCUCCUGCUGCAAGAGUCCUACCAGUUCGAUCCUCACACCAGUAACAUUGUAGUCGAAGAUAAAAUUCAGGGAAAUAAAAUUGAUUGGACAAUGGGGGCCUUGUUGUACGAGCUGAACAUGAUGUUCCAGUCGUGGAAGUUGCUGCCACACACGCCGGUGUCGUGCCAACCAAUCAGCUUCACGGCUGUCCCGGGAUCACCUGCCGAGGUGCGACCAAACAGUGCCCUAGUUCCUGGACACGCCUUACAGACGGUGCUACUGUGUGUACUAGUGGUUCUACUGGAAACAAGGCACUGAUUGGUGCUUCGUUGUUGUGUGUGUCCGUGUCAUCUUCAUCUUAAAGUGUGACACACCCAGUGACUCUCAAUUGAUGAGGACAAUAAUGAUUGUAACAAUAAUAAUGAUAAUCAUCGGGCAUUGGUGAUGGGUUAUACAUGUUCAUGUCAUUUGUAACAAUAACUUGCAACAUUUACAGUUGCAGUCACUAGUCCAAAGAGAAUGAGUGAAUGUUUAGGAUUAAUGCCAUUUACAGUAUUUCAGUCGGCGUGUCGCCAUUUUGAGAAACAGUCAAUGGGCAGCCUGAUUCUUGGGGUCUGUUGCACACCCAGGCGCAACAGACCCCGGGAACCCGGCUGCAGUCAAUGGGAUGCUCGUAGUAGACGUGUAUCAACGGUGAAUCCCACAAGCAUGACUCGUAGAUACCCAGGGAAUUUGAGAUUCGAACCCAUAAUCUGCAUAUCCUAGUAACUGACGACAAGAUCUCUGCACGAUGUAUAUCAAGGCACAUUUUUUAACGAUGUGCCGUUGGGAUGAGCUUGCACGGACCCCCUGUUUACUCAGCCAGCUUAUGUAUUAAAGCUGUCGUUGACGCUGUCGUAUGUGUAAUGACGCCGUGGAGGAUGUCUAAAUACCCGCCUACAUGCUAUAUUAUCCGAGGUUCGUUAUAUAAAAUGUACAUUACCACUGAGGAGGACACAUUGUCUGUCACGCGAAUGUCUCAAGCAUCCUUGAUUUUUAUGUUCAUCAUCUAUCAGAGACAUGUUCUCCAAAUACUUAGCAAACCCUCUUCCUUAACGUGAUACCUCUCCGUUACUGUCAUCCUAACGUAUCAUGUCGACCGCUGUUGUUGGCAUGAUACAGAGAUUGUAUUCCAAUGUAUGUCAUACGCCAGUGUAUGUAACGUGUCCCAUGUCUUUGCCAAAUUUGUAUAAUAAACAUUUCAUACGUCA